CAAGUAUAAAAUAAUCAUUGUCAUCACAUCACACCUUCCUUCGUCCCCAAUUCAAUGGAGAAACCUCACGUAGCAGUGGUUCCAAGUCCUGGCUUCACCCAUCUGGUUCCAAUUCUUGAGUUCUCCAAACGCCUUCUUCAUCUCCACCCAGAGUUUCACAUCACUUGUUUCAUUCCCUCAGUUGGGUCAUCCCCGACUUCCUCCAAAGCAUACGUUCAAACCCUUCCACCAACCAUAACUUCCAUUUUCCUUCCCCCAAUCACCCUUGACCAUGUGUCAGAUCCCUCAGUCCUUGCACUCCAAAUUGAACUCUCAGUGAAUCUCUCUCUACCCUACAUAAGGGAAGAAUUGAAGUCUUUAUGUUCAAGAGCCAAGGUUGUAGCUUUGGUUGUGGAUGUUUUUGCUAAUGGAGCAUUGAACUUUGCCAAGGAACUCAACCUCCUGUCUUACAUAUACCUCCCUCAAUCCGCUAUGUUACUCUCUUUGUACUUCUACUCAACAAAACUUGAUGAGAUACUUUCUUCUGAGUCUAGGGAGCUACAAAAACCUAUAGAUAUUCCUGGUUGUGUACCUAUUCACAACAAAGAUCUCCCUCUCCCUUUUCAUGAUCUAUCUGGCCUAGGUUACAAGGGGUUUCUUGAACGGUCCAAGAGAUUUCAUGUUCCUGAUGGUGUCUUCAUGAACACCUUCCUUGAAUUGGAGUCAGGGGCUAUAAGAGCUUUGGAGGAACAUGUCAAAGGGAAGCCAAAGCUUUACCCUGUUGGACCCAUCAUUCAGAUGGAGUCAAUUGGUCAUGAAAAUGGGGUAGAGUGUUUAACAUGGUUGGAUAAGCAAGAACCAAAUUCUGUGUUGUAUGUGUCAUUUGGAAGUGGUGGCACACUUUCUCAAGAGCAAUUCAAUGAACUAGCCUUUGGGUUGGAACUGAGUGGUAAAAAAUUUCUUUGGGUUGUGAGGGCCCCUAGCGGUGUGGUAAGUGCUGGUUACCUUUGUGCUGAAACUAAGGACCCUCUAGAGUUUUUGCCACAUGGGUUUUUGGAGAGAACAAAGAAACAAGGUUUGGUUGUUCCUUCUUGGGCACCACAGAUUCAAGUGCUGGGUCAUAGUGCAACUGGGGGGUUCCUAUCUCACUGUGGUUGGAACUCAGUGCUUGAAAGUGUUGUGCAGGGUGUGCCAGUGAUCACAUGGCCCCUCUUUGCUGAGCAGAGCUUGAAUGCAGCUAUGAUAGCUGAUGAUUUAAAAGUGGCACUGAGGCCAAAAGUUAAUGAAAGUGGAUUGGUUGAAAGAGAAGAAAUUGCUAAGGUUGUUAGAGGCUUGAUGGGAGACAAGGAAAGCUUGGAAAUUAGGAAAAGAAUGGGACUAUUGAAGAUUGCUGCUGCUAAUGCCAUAAAAGAAGAUGGAUCAUCCACAAAGACUCUGUCAGAGAUGGCUACAAGUUUAAGAGGGUUUUAGCAUAUCAUAAAGUCAUACAAGUUUGAGCAUUUCAGUUGCCGCCAGCGGAGUAAGCGGGACAACCAAAACCAUUGCAACAUACAAGUUUACGAGAGCCCGUAAGUCCCGGUGCUCAUGGACACGGCCACAGUCAAAUGAUCUUUUUUUUUUUUUAGCCUUCUUUAUAU